UCAAAGCAUGGAUAGGACUUGAAACUGCUGAAGAAUAUUAGAUAAGAGAGAUGCCGCGAUACGAAUUGGCCCUUAUUUUGAAGAAUCUGCCGAAGGAAGGCCUUGCUAAUGCUUUGAAGAGAAGUUGUCAAGUUGUAUGGGAACAAGAAGGUGUCGUCAGAAAGAUAGAAAACUUGGGAACUAAAUCAUUGCCCUAUAAAAUGAAGGCACAUGGUUCAGGAAACACCACUGGGAGCUAUUUUGUGAUGAACUUUGAUGCUAGUACAGAUGGCAAGGAAGAAAUACAAAAGAAAUUACAUCGGGAUGCAGAAAUAAUUCGUCCAACCAUUUUCAAUGUAACAGAAGAUGAAGAGCGCCCAUGCAUUAGAGGAUUAGAAUGUCAGUUUGAUGAAGAUAUCUCACUAGUUGGUGAACGUUUAUCAUGGCGGACUAAAGCUCUUAAGAAAGCAAAUUUGUAUAAGGAUUUAAAAAGGAAGCAAAAGAACUGAAGAACUUUACCAUGAGACAUUUCGUCAAUAGAUAUGUGUGGUUUUAAAAGGAAUGACAGUUGUGAGCGUAUUUUUAUUUCCGAAUCUAUCUGGCGUAUAUUCUGAAAAUGAAGGAUCGUUCAAUCUUCACUAAUGUAUUAUCUUGCCAGGAUUCAAUCUGAAAUAUUACUUCAUUAUCAUGAGUUACUUGUACAUAAGUUUUAUUCAGAUAUCUUGAAAAGAAAUAUGAUUUUGUUUGACAGAGGAUCCUUCUUUUUUAAAAAAGGCUCCAUUUCCAAUGAAAAUGCAGUCAAUAAGCCAUUUCAUCUCAUUGCUUGAAUAUACAAUUCUGAAGUCAGUUAUUCUCUCUCUAGAAAUGUAUUUUCUGUCAUGCUAUGAAGUUUAGUAAAGAGGUUAUGGAGACUGAUA